CUGCGCUUCGCUCCGGCGUCAUCUCACAGUGCAAGAGAAGAAAGAGGACUUUGGGAAGAGAAGAGAGAAGAAAAAGGACCAAACUAGCAGAAAACGGCACAUUUAAUUUUACUAGUCUUCUCAUAUACGUCUCAUUUUCUUUUUAUCACCGUCAAUCUGCAAGAGCAAAUCCCAGAAUUUUCGGUCUCUGGGUUGCUUAACUAAGGUAAAAAGCCAUGGCGUUGAUGUCCAUGGCAGGGUCAUCGUUGCAUUGUGAAAUGAUAAGAUGCGAAGCUGGAUGUACUAACAGUGGGAAUAAUUUAGAGGCAUAUAGAAUGAAGGAAAUGAGUUUUGGUUUGAAUUUCUCUUCAUGGAAUUCAUCACAGGCAGUUCAAGGCUUGCGUUCGAAUUGCAUUGGAGCAGGAUAUAGGCGACGACACGGGCUUAUUGUUGCUGCAAGUCCUCCAACUGAGGAUGCUGUUGUUUCCACAGAGCCGCUAACGAAGAAAGAUCUGAUUGAUUACCUUACUUCUGGCUGCAAGCCUAAGGAAAAAUGGAGGAUAGGCACAGAGCAUGAAAAGUUUGGUUUUGAGUUUGGAACUUUGCGGCCCAUGAAGUAUGCACAAAUAGCUGAGUUGCUUAAUGGUAUUGCCGAGAGAUUUGAUUGGGAGAAAAUAAUGGAGGGCGAAAUCAUUAUUGGGUUGAAGCAGGGAAAGCAAAGCAUAUCACUGGAGCCUGGAGGUCAAUUCGAGCUUAGUGGUGCUCCUCUUGAAACUCUGCACCAAACUUGUGCUGAGGUUAAUUCACAUCUUUAUCAGGUCAAGGCUGUUGCGGAGGAGAUGGGAAUUGGAAUUGGCUUCCAGCCAAAAUGGGGGAUAAAAGACAUACCAAUAAUGCCAAAGGGAAGAUAUGAGAUCAUGAGAAAUUAUAUGCCUAAAGUUGGAUCACUUGGACUCAAUAUGAUGUUUCGAACAUGUACUGUUCAGGUGAAUCUGGAUUUCAGUUCUGAAGCUGACAUGAUAAACAAAUUUCGUGCCGGUCUUUCCUUGCAGCCUAUAGCUACAUCUUUGUUUGCAAAUUCGCCUUUCACUGAAGGGAAGCCUAACGGUUUUCUCAGCAUGAGAAGCCACAUUUGGACUGAUACAGAUAAAAAUCGCACGGGAAUGCUUCCUUUUGUGUUUGAUGACUCAUUUGGGUUCGAGCAGUAUGUAGAUUAUGCACUUGAUGUUCCUAUGUACUUUGUCUAUAGGAACAACCGGUAUAUUGAUUGUGCGGGAAUGUCAUUCCGGGAUUUUAUGACCGGGAAAUUGCCUCCUAUUCCCGGUGAUUAUCCUACGCUUAAUGAUUGGGAGAAUCAUCUGACUACGAUAUUUCCUGAGGUGAGACUUAAAAGAUACUUGGAGAUGAGGGGUGCUGACGGAGGACCGUGGAGGCGGCUAUGUGCAUUGCCCGCUUUUUGGGUGGGGCUAUUAUACGAUGAGAUAUCUUUACAAGCUGUUCUGGACAUGACAGCCGAUUGGACUUUGGAAGAACGAGAGAUGUUGAGGAAGAAGGUGCCAGUAACUGGUCUAAAGACGCCAUUUCGUGAUGGGUUGCUGAAGCACGUUGCUCAAGAUGUUCUAAAGCUGGCAAAGGAAGGCUUAGAAAGAAGAGGCUUUAAAGAAACGGGAUUUUUGAAUGAAAUAACCGAGGUUGUCAAUACAGGUAUUACACCAGCCGAGAAGCUCUUGGACUUGUACCACAGGAAGUGGGGACAAAAUGUCGAUCCAGUAUUCGAGGAGCUGCUCUAUUGAGGCGCCCGAGGGUCUCAGGCACAGUAUGUACCCCGAUACAUUUCUGUAUUGCGAGUUUGCGACCAUCCAUCUUUAACACCUAGAGAAAUUACCCCCAUGCUAACUUUUCUCGAUUGCUUUCCGGUAAAGAUUACACAAUCCAUCUCUGCUAUAGCACGAUAAUGAAACAAUGCAGUUGCAAUAAUACGAGUUUCCCAGAAGAUGGGGUUCAUUUCUCGUGGGUCGUUUUAUGGUCUUUUGCUGUUAUUAUUUUUGUCGCUGUUUAUGGUGGUUCUGUGAUCUGAGCUGAACAAUCUGUUGGUGGUUUUGGUGAAGAUUACAAUCUUCUGUAUUUCAAAUAGGGUUUUGAAGUUGUUGUUAGAGAUUGAUUACACUUGAAAGUUUGAUUGCAAGAAGUGUUUGUUGAUGCUUCUCUUUUGCCAUAAUGUACAGAAGACAAUUGAACUUUUUGGAUGACAUUUUUUUUUUUCUUGGGAGCUAUUAGGGACUAGAAUAGCGGUUGA